UGUUUGUGUUUGUGGUUCGGUUCGGUUGGCACUUGGCAUAUUGACAGCUGUAUUGUAUUGAUUUCUUCCAGUUAAAUCAGCCCCAUUUCCCUGAUACCCAAAAUAUCUCCCCAAAACUAGUUCUUAGUUAAUUUAAAACUUUGAUCCGAGUUCGUCAUGGCAGCGAAAAUUCAAGAAGCCCAGCAACAUUGCAGAGCCGCAGAGAAAUACCUUAAGACAUCUUUCCUCCGAUGGAAGCCAGACUACGAUUCGGCGGCGGACGAAUAUAACCAAGCAGCCCAAUGCUACCGGAUCGCCCGGGACCUCCAGAACUCCAAAGAGUGCCACCUGAAGGCCUCAGAGAACUACAAUAAGCACAAGGCGUUCUUCCAUGCAGCGAGGGCUCUGGAGAAUGCCAUACUGGUUAGCAAGGAGACCAGUUCUCCUGAGGAGGUGUAUAAUCUAGCUACGGAAGCAGCCAGCCUGUACCAGCAACAGGGCUCCGGAGACUCCGCCGCUGCAUGCCUAGACAAGGCCGCCAAAAUCAUAGAGGAGCGCUCACCGGAGCUCGCUUACAAACUGUUUGCUCAAGCGGCCGAUGUAUCUUCAGGUGAAAGCAGCCAACAUCAGGGUGCAGAAUACAUCGGCAAGGCGUCUAGGCUUCUAGUUAAGUUGCAAUGGUAUGACCAAGCCGUGGACAGUCUUCGGAGGGAAAUCGGUUUCCACCAGGAGAACGGGAACACGGGUGCCAUCGGCCGUCUCACCGUGGCCGUUGUACUUGUUCAGCUAGCCCGGGGCGACGCCGUGGCGGCAGAGAAAGCGUACAAGGAAUGGGGUAACAACUGCGAAGUGGCCGAAAUGCAGACGAUAGAGCAAUUACUAUCGGCAUACGACGAGGAGGACCGCGAGUCCGCCAAGAGAGCCCUAAUGUCGCCUUUUAUAAGGAGCAUGGACGUGGAGUACGCCAGGCUAGCACAGUUGGUGCCCCUGCCAGAAGCUUUAGAGCCCACGCCCAGCGCUGGGAUCCGUGAGAACGCCGCACCUUCAUACGUCAGCCCCAACGCCUCCAGCUGCGAGCGCGCGUCACCAGAAGGCGACAGUAGGCCCGACAACGUUUCGUACGAAACUCCCGUGCAACCUCCAGAUGAAGAGGAACUGUGCUAGACAGUAACUAUGGACAACAUUAGGCCAAUGCACCGCACCGACAGUCUAUUUUGUGAUUAAAUAACGCUUACGAUCAUACCCCGUGGUUUUGGGUGCGGGAAUGGUUUCCUGUAUUUAAGAUCAAUGUGGGUAAGACCGUCUACAAGCUCUUACGUCGCUUUUAACGGGUUAUUCCCACUAGUUACCACCAAGUUGUUACCAGUGGUAACUAUUGGGAUUUUUUUUUUCACCUUUUACAACUGGUAACUACCGGGGAAAAAUUUUUCAGUAGUUACCACCAACUCGGUUUGGUGUACAAAUUUAUUUAUUUAGAGCGGAAAAGAUCGUUAUCGAAAAAAAAUACGAUAAAUCCUUAUCAUAUAACAACAAAUUAAACAAUUUGGACUCUAGAAUAAUAUCGAAUAUACCGGGUGUGGCCUGUAACACGAGCAAAUAAUUAAAACAUAGAUUGCACUCCUCAAACGGCGACACUUUUGUUCAACAACUUUUAAAAAUUAUGAAGUAUUUAGACUCCCUAUUUUUCAUACAAAAUAAAUAUUAUCUUCAAUGGACGCCAUCGCCACGCCAUAUCAUUGUGAUUGACGUUGCUUGUCACGCUUAGAGGAUAUAACCAAUGUUAAUUACUCCGAGUUGUCACGCCUUAAACAUAACAAAAUUCGCAAUACAUUGCGUCUUAAAAUAAACUUUAAAGUGUAUUAAAAAUCAAACCACAAGUUAUUUUUAAAAGUCGCUGAACAAAUGUUGGUCAGUAUGAGGAGUACAGGUUACAGUUUAAUUUUUUGCUCAUGUUACAGGCCACACCCGGUAUACAAAUCGGAGUAUAAAGUGUAAGUACAGAUAACACCUAAAAUUGACUUUAUAGCAAUUGGUAGAUCUACAGUUGUAGUGAAUAAUUAUUUUCCACCGUAUUUUCACGGAAACGUACGAGCGUGUCUUGCUAUUUCAGUCCGUCUCGGUACAAAAAGUACUGACGUUGACUGAAGUAGCAUGACAUACGAACGUUUCCGAGAAAAUACGAUGGAAAACAAAUUAUGCACUACAACAUCUGUAUUCAGUUGUGUUUAGGUAUUAUUUUAGAGCUAUUAAUUAUGUGAUAGGCCUUUCUAAGGAUGAGGUAGAUAUAGUUUGAUGUACAGUCGCCAUCAGAUAUAUCGGAGCGGCCAAGGUGCUCAUAAAUAUCUGAGCACGCCUCUAUUGUCAAGGCGUUAGAGUCCGUGUUCAGAUUUUGUUAACACCUUGGCCGCUCCGAUAUAUCUGAUGGCGACUGUACUUUAUUUUUUAGUAACUUUCUUUUUAUAUAUUCUUGGUUAACAUAAUAAGCAAAAACAAACUUAAUUUAUAAGGGGAUAAGACAGCCUGUUUGUUUAACCUCUUCUACCUGUAUUAUUUGUAUUGUUUUCUGUAAUGAGGUGUGCAGUAAAGAGUUUUGUAUUGUAUAAUAUAUGUAUAUUAAAUUUUAGAUUUGCUGCCAUUCAUGCAUCAAGGCGGUUUGUUUACAGCUUCCGUUAGUGGCGUCCCCUACGCAGCGUUUCGCGUAAUAUUACCUAUUACUUGCGCAAAUUAUUUGACGAAUGAAAUAGUAGCCUUUUUAAGAAAUCGAGAUAUAUUGAGUAUUUUAAAUAGAAAAUUAUUUAUAGGUAUUAUAAUUAUGAGCUAGAGUAAAUUGUCACUAAUAUCGUAAUAACUGGCCACUGUUUAAUAACUGGCCACCUUAUACUAAAAUGAAUUCUAUUCACCCAUAAACAUAAUUAAUUUUAGUAUAAAGUUUCAAUAACUGGCCACCAUUCAAUAACUAGCAACCACUAAAAUUAAUUCUGUUUAUAGGUGAAUAGAAUGCAUUUUUAGUAUAAGGUGGCCAGUUAUUGAUGAAUUACCCUUUAGCCUCCUAAGGCCCAGCCAUACAAAUGAAAAAUACAAAAUUAGCCAUUGAAAUUUGAACCUACAGUGUAGGUAAUAGAGUUGAUUUUGCGUUGUUGGAAAAUUUAACGAAACAAAGCAAAAGCGACUCUGUUCCAAUUGAAUAGGAUUUAAAUUUCAUCGAACUGAUGAGGUUAUAGGUAGGACCUUGGGCCUUAGGAGGAUAUAGUAUUUAAAAAAUACAUUUAUAAAGUUGCAUUUUACUAUAUCAAUAAGUGUAGGUAGUUAUGAUUUGUGAUGCGUCAUUUUAAGGAAAAGCUAAAAAUGUUAUUAUAUAUAUUAUUAGGUAAAUACAGAUGUGUGGCUAGCCUCACAUUGGGGCCCGUUUACACAUUGAUUACAAUUCGUUUUUUUUUUUUUGCAUUAGCAAUAAAGUAAACAAUAUUGAUGUGUCUUUUAUUGAAAAACACGUUUUAAAAAUAAGUCACGGCAAAUAUGUUACAAUCAUGAAUCUAAUACGAUCAUUUUAUAUUCUUCUGCUUUCGUAAGUAAUAGUUACUGAUUUUUAAAAAGCGUUAUUCAAUUAAAAGACGUCAAGAUCGCUUACCAUCUUUCUAAUGCUAAAAAAACGAACUAUAGUGUUUAUUGCGAGUUCGUACAUUCAUUUGAUACUUGCGUUUAGUGCAAAUGUAUGAACUCGCAAUAAAAAAAAACAACGGGUUGCACUCCGGGAGUGCCGGCAGAAGUGAAAACUCAAUGACAUUGUAACAGUUUUUCGAUCAGGUCACGUGUCCGUCUUACGUCUUACGAAUCUUACGGUCACGUGACCUGUCGCGAGUGUAACAUUUUUUCCCCAUCACAAAAAGUGCGCAGCGCCGCUAAAGAAGUUUUCACUUCAAUAAUCAAUGUGUAAACAGGCCCCAAUGUGAGGCAGCCACACAUCAGUAUUUACCUUUAUAUGUAUAUUAUGUAUCAAUAA